AUGGGCUCUAUACUCGACGACGUUGUCACUAACCUCAUACGGUACUUGACCGGUCUACUCAAAGACGAAGCAAAUUUCCUUGCUGGAGUGGAGGAUAGAGUCAAUUCACUUCAUGCGGAGCUGAGGCUAAUAAAUAUCUUCCUGGAGAACUCCGAGGGGAAACGGAACAAUAAAAUGGUGAAGGAGCUAGUCCGGCAAAUCAGGGAUGUAGCUUACGAGACUGAGGAUGUGAUCGACGAUUACAUUCUCAAGGUCGCGGAACACAGAAAGAAGUGCACGACAAUGAGGAUAGUUGAUUACCCUUCUUACGCAUUGAUGAUUCGAGAUGUUGGAAGUAAGAUAGUAGUCAUCAAAGAGAGAAUCAAAGAAAUCUACGACAAUUACGAAAGGUACGGCAUUGAAAGAGUUGAAUCUACUGUAAAUGCAUUCGAGGAGGAGGCAAUGGACACAAUUAGGAGAGAAGUCGAGGAAGAUGACGUGGUGGGUUUUGUUCAUGACUCAACGACAUUGGAGAACCAACUUACUGAAGGGGAUCCUGAGCUGGAUGUCAUUUCAAUCAUUGGAAUGGGCGGGUUGGGCAAGACCACUCUUGCCAGAAAAAUAUACAAUACACUUCGUGUCAAGGGGCACUUUGACUACUAUGUAUGGGUGUGUGUAUCUCAAGAUUUUGGAACCAUGGAGCUGUUGCUUAAAAUUUUAAAGGAGUUGGGAAUUGAACUUGAAGGCAAGAGUGUUGAUGAGUUAAAGAAGGGGUUGUUUGAAUAUUUGAAAGAAAAGAGAUACCUAAUAGUCAUGGACGACGUCUGGACAACUGAUGUAUGGAGUAAGGUAAGAUUUGCUUUUCCUAAUAGUUCCUAUGGAAGCAGAAUAUUGAUCACUAGCCGGAAUAGAGAAGUGGCUUUACAUGCAAGCAAUACUCCUCCCUACCUUCUCCCACUUCUUAAUCAAGAUGAUAGCUGGGAACUCUUUAGGAAAAAGGUGUUUCAAAAAGGAAUUUGUCCUCCUGAAUUAGAAACUCCAGGAAGACGAAUCGCAGAAGGUUGUAAGGGCUUACCCCUUUCGAUUGUGGUAUUUGCGGGCCUUUUAGCAAAGAAGGAGAAGUCAUUCCGCACAUGGUCGAAAUAUGUUGAUCAUGUAACUAGUUUCCUUACUCAUGAAGAGGAUACUGUUAUAUGCCAAAAAAUACUAUCCUUAAGCUACACGGAUCUGCCCCGACGCUUGAAACAAUGCUUUUUGUAUUUUGGUAUGUACCCAGAAGACUUCGAGAUCCCAGUAAGGCGAUUGAUGCACUUAUGGGUAGCAGAGGGUUUCAUACAAGACAUUGGCCAUAGAUAUUUGGAGGAUGUUGCUGAAAUCUACUUGGAGGAGCUCAUUGAUCGAAGCUUGAUCCAAGUGGCUAGCAGGAGGUCAGAUGCAGGAAUAAGAACAUGUCGUAUCCAUGAUCUUUUGCGAGAACUCUGUUUGUUGGAGAGUGCAGAAGAGACGUUUCUUGCAGUUCAUUCAUAUAACCGUCUGUUCCCGAACAAUUACCGCAGAGUAUCCAUCCAAGUUAACAAUGCUAAGCAAUACAUUACUGCAUACCCCUCUGUCACUACAAGCGCCCGUUCUUUGUUCUUCUUUGCUGACGCCUUGAAUAACAAUGUUGCCUUGAAGUGGGUCCAAAAGAACUUCAAAUUUCUUCGUGUGCUUAAUGUUCAGAGAGUAGCAACUCCAGUAGUACACAAAAGCGUAGCAAAAUUUAUCCAUUUGAGGUACUUGACGAUAAAAUUCUCUAAUUCUGCAACUAUUUUUCCAGAUUCCAUUGUCGAGCUUACGAAUCUAGAGACUCUUUACGUAGAGGGCAAUAAGGGCAUGCAAUGUUUGCCGAAAGGGCUAUUUAAACUGAAACGUUUAAGAAAUCUGUAUCUGGUAUUUAAUGUGGAAUAUUCAUUUGAACCUUGCGAUUCAGAAGAAGCUCUAGGGAGCCUCCAAGUCCUUUCUGGCCCAACAAUUUAUUAUAAUCCUCAAAACCAUAGGUUCCCUGCCAUACUGGAAAAGUUUCCUAAUGUUAGGAAAUUGAAAAUACAAAUUAUGGAGAAGAAGUAUCGUGAUAAUGACAAAGAAGUAGUUUCUAUUCCAAGCCUCCACCAUUUAGCUCAUCUUGAAAUAUUGAAAAUUAGGACUAGCGGAAUAUUGAGAUUCACCUGUUAUCUGAAUUCAAUUCCAAGGAGAAUCACCAAGCUAACCUUAGAGGGUGUUGUCUUAAAAGUUGGAUGCGUUACAGUGCUGGGACAGCUUCCCAAUCUUCGGAUUCUGAAACUAGAAGAUGCAGAUCGUGGUUUAUCUGAUAAAAACAUUAAUGUCAUUGCAAAUUCGUUUCCUCAACUCCAAUUCCUCAAAUUGUACAGUUUAUCAAUUGAAAAAUGGGAACAGGAGGUUGGUGCAAUGCCAAGCCUUAAGCAUUUGGUUAUCCAGCGUUGUUGUUGCUUUACUAGCCUACCAGAACUGUUGAGAUUGAGCACUUUGAAAUCUGUGGAAGUGAUACAUUGUCCAACGUUGGCUACAAUGCUUAGGGAGUCGCAGACGGAAGUUCGGUUUAAUCUAUUGAUCAAGGAUUCAAUUUUCUAA